AAGAAGCAGUCUAAUAAAUAAUGGCUCCAUUUUUUCACAGCUUAAUGCACAGAGAAGAAAGUUUAUUGCUCAUAGAUGGCAAUGAGAAUUAAACCCCGUGGUUUUUGUUUGUGUUGGUGAUUUGAAAGGUUUCUGUCGGUAGAUCUAGCAGAAAGAAAGGACAAUAGGCCGAACAUGGCUUCAGCAACAAUAGAAACUUUUUGUUGUAUGCCCUCAAAAGCUGAGCCUACUUUUCUAAGACACCUUGAAAUCCAAUCACUGCCAUACAAUAUAGUUUGUGUGAUUUCAUCAGCACUGGGUAUGAUAGGAGCUUUAUAUCAAGUCCUGCCAUCGCCUUCAACAUCUUUCUCUCGCAGACAUAGAAAUAUUGGACAUACCCAAAAAGCUAUCAUUAACUGGCUGGCAAUGGCAGAUUUCUUUGCUGCAUCUGGAAUUCUUCUUCGCUCUGCUUUUUGGUUGUGGAAAGGUGAUAUUGUUCAUCAGAAUGGAUGGAAUUUAAUUGUCUGUGCUAUUUUUGCUAUUUGGAUUAGGUUUUUCUACAUUGCAACAUAUAUGUGGACUUUUUUUUAUGCUAUAGAUGUUUAUUUAGUCUGCAGACAAAAAACUGGAAAUCAAAAAGUCUAUCAUGCAGUUACUUGGCUUAUUUCAUUAAUUAUGACAACAGUUGGUUUAGGUACCCUAUAUUUGCCUGAAUUUAAGUGCCAUUCAGGACCAUGGAGAGUUUUACCUAACUAUUUGUUGUCUUAUAUUCCAAUUGUAGUUGUUAUGAUUUUGAAUCCUCUAUUAUAUUAUUUGUCUUCAAAGAAUGUAAGAAUUUUAUUAACUGGUGGACUUGGCCAACUUACCUACUUAGAGCACAACUUGUUAGCUGCUUUAAAAGAAAAGUUUUUCUGCAUUGUUCUUGUGUUUUAUGUUUGUUGGUUUCCAAAUGUAUUGAAUGGAAUUAUGUUAUGGGGUUUCUUUGAGAGUCUUUCUUAUAAAUUUAUGCUUGGUCUGUGGUAUGUUAUGGCUGUUUUGAAUCCACUUCAAGCGAUUUUGAAUUCUUUGGUAUACAAGGGUUGGGAUGAUUGUAGAAGUUCAUGGCGAGAAGUGAAAUCACUUUGCUGUUGUAGAGAUCAGCCCCAUCCUGGCUUAAUGUUAGAAGUAUCAGAUUCAGAUCAUCAAUUCACUCCAGAAAGACCAACAUUUUCUACGAACCAUCAUUUUGAUUAAUGGAUAAAAAUCUGUUUUUAAUCUUUCUUUAUAAUGCAUUUUAAAUGUUACUUUCCUAUGCUGCAUUUUUUAAAGAAGAUUUGAAACUAUUUCAAUAGCUGCAUGUCUUUUUUGGGAAGCAUUUAAAUAUUUUUUCUUUCUGGUUUUAUUGUUUAUAAUUUGCCAUAUUUAAAAAAAAAAUCUAAUUGCCAUUUACACAAUUCUAUGCUAUAUUAUUGUUUUACAUUUAGAUUAUUUUUAUGAAUUGUAAUACCACUAGUUUUCUAAUGUGAUUUAAUGGAAAACUUUUGGCAUAUGUCAGAUUAAAAAAAAAUGAUGAUGCUUCAAAACCGUCUUUUUAUAUUAAC